GGGGGGUUAGUGGCUGAUGCUCACAGAGAGAAAGUACGCGGAGAGAAAGUUUACAUCCUCGACUACCACUCAAGUCCAAACUGCUCCACAAGAUGAAGGCUACGCUGCUGCUGCUCCUAGUCACUCUCAUCACAAUAAAAAUGGUAGCUGGAGGGAAAAACAACAAAGAGAAAAUCAAACCUUCCCAUUCCGGGUCAGACUGCACUGACUGGCGCUAUGGAAACUGUGUCCCUAGCAACGGCGACUGCGGCACCGGAUUUAGGGAGGGGUCAUGUGACCAGCAGACAAAGAGAAUGAAAUGCAAAGUACCCUGCAACUGGAAAAAAAACUUUGGAGCUGACUGUAAGUAUCGGUUCGGAAGUUGGAGCGAGUGUGACCCAAGCGCUGGUAUCCAGACCAGAAACGGGACACUGAAGAAGGCGCUGUACAAUGCUGAAUGCCAACAGACUAUUUCUGUCUCCAAACCCUGCCUUGGCAAAACAAAGACAAAAAGCAAAGGAAAGAAGAAAAAAGGCAACAGACAGUAGAUACAAGAGAAGACAUGGAACAGGGGAUCUUUUGAAAUGAAAUGACCAAUUCAUCUCUGACAUUUGGACAGUAGGGCUGACAUUGAUAGAAUUAAACUAGAUGUGAUUUCAGAAUUCCUCAGACGAUGACUUGUAGCAAAAUACCCACUGUAAAUCUCUCAGAGACAAUCUGAUGUUGUCAAUUUGAUGAUCUUCAAGAAGUGUUUUGGAUCAACCUGCUCUUUACUCAUGCAUAGAGGUUAGUAAUUAGCAUUAUUAUGUCAACUGUCAUCAGGUAUUAUGUGAUAACAGCAAUUAGCAAUAGCCGAUGAGAAGUACAAGAUGUAUAAUACUCCUAAUAAAAUGAUGCUGGGGAUUUUUAAAACAACUGAUACUACUAAAAGACAUCUAAUAAAUAAGAUCAUGUCCCAACAAA